GGGGUGAGCUCCCUUCAGAUGGAGGCUCCCUCUCUUUUUUUGGGUGGAAAUGAAGGGGUGGGUCUAUGGUACAUCACCUGAGUUGUGGGGUAAAUGUAGAGAGUGUCAAUCAAAGGCUGAGCUCAGAGCUGGGAAGAAAGCUCUAGAUGGCGGCUGUGCCUUGGAGAGCGCGCUGAGUCUCCCUGCCUUUUUUCCCCCCUCCGCCACUUUUGCGUAACUUUGCCCAACUUUUGGGCAUCCUCAGGGGGCUCUGGCGGCCCCUGGCCUCCCGCGAGGGCUGGCGUGGAGGGGAUCGAGCGUUUUUCGGGCAGAAAGGCAGCUUUUGGGGGCUCUUUUUCCUCGCCUGGUUGGAAAGAAGCAGCCGUGGAGGCAGCCCAGGUCGUUGUUUUUCCCAGCUUGGAAGCCAUGGUGUACCUCCAUUUUUGUGCGCUGUCCUAAUGAGCGUCUCCUCCGGAUCUUCUUCUUUCUUUUUGGCUCUCAUGGUCGCCUCCGGCGAUUAAACGAAUGCAGAUCGGUUGGGAUUAAACGCGUAUUUAUGAAAUUUUCUCGAAAGAAAAACGGCCUUUUCUCCGUUGGGCUUGCCUUUGAAAGAUUUUGGAGCUCAUGUUUUCCCACGACCUGAAACUAAGAUCGGGCUGGACCUGGCGCGGGUGCCUGGAUCAGUAAAUACCCGGGCACAGGACUUCAAAGCAAACCAGCCAUCCCUCUACCUUUACCUUAAUAUUUAAGAAUUAAAAGAUGAUGAGAAAUACGGACAAAAGCCAAGGAGAGGAGGGUUCUGUCCACAGCAAUGCAUCGAGUCACUCGGCCUCUGAAGAAGCCUCGGGGUCCGACUCUGCCAGCCAGUCGGACAGUGAGCAGGGCAGCGACCAUGCAAGCGAAUCCAACAGCAGCUCGGAGUCUUCGGAGAGCCAGUCGGAUUCGGAAAGUGGGUCAACGGGUUCCAAAUCUCAGCAGACACCCCGGGAAGCCAAAGAGAAGCCGGCUUCCAAGAAAGAAAGGAUAGCGGAUGUCAAAAAAAUGUGGGAAGAGUACCCCGACGUGUAUGGGGUGAGGCGGUCGAACCGAAGUCGGCAGGAGCCUUCGCGCUUUAAUAUCAACGAAGAGAUGGAGAAAAUGAGGCUCAGGAAAGUUCAGAAUCAGACUGAAAAUGUCCAAGUUGGAAUUCCAAAGGGAAAUAGCGAGUCUGAGAGCGAAAGCCCCAAAAGAAGAAGCCAGAAGCAAGUGAAAAAAGCAGACAAGUGGAAGAGGGAGUGCUCCGGGGAUGAUGACGAGGAUGAGGAUGGGCAGGAGCAAGGCACCAGUGCGGAAAGCGAGGCGGAGCAGAAGAAAGUGAAGGCCAGGAGACCGGUGCUCAGGAGAGCAGUGGGCAAAACCAUUGCAAAGAAAGUGCACAAGCCCCAGCGUGGCAAGAGGCGACGGAAGACGGAAUCGUCGGAGGAUGAGGAGGAUGAAGAAGACGAUGAGGCGCCUAAAAGACAGACCCGGCGCCGAGCAGCUAAAAACGUCAGUUACAAGGAAGACGACGACUUUGAGACGGACUCGGACGACCUGAUCGAGAUGACCGGGGAAGGCACGGAGGAGCAGCAGGACAACAGCGAGACCAUCGAGAAAGUGCUCGACUGGCGGGUGGGCAAGAAAGGAGCCACCGGCGCAUCCACCACUGUGUACGCGACAGAAGCCAGCGGCGACCCCUGCGCCGACUUCGAUGCGGAGAAGGAGGAAGGCGAGGCCCAGUUCCUGAUCAAGUGGAAGGGCUGGUCGUACAUCCACAGCACGUGGGAGAGCGAGGACUCCCUGCAGCAGCAGAAGGUGAAAGGCCUGAAGAAGCUGGAGAACUACAAGAAGAAGGAGGAGGAGGUCAAGCAGUGGCUGGCCAAGGUGACCCCCGAAGAUGUGGAGUAUUACAACUGCCAGCAGGAACUGGCCUCCGAGUUGAACAAGCAGUACCAGAUCGUGGAACGAGUCAUUGCUAUGAAGACCAGCAAAUCGGCCACACCGGGGUCUGAAUUUCUAGCUCACAACCGCAAAACUCCCUCCAACGAGCCGGAAUACCUUUGUAAGUGGAUGGGGCUUCCGUACGCGGAUUGUAGCUGGGAGGACGAAGCCCUGAUAAGCAAGAAAUUCCAGCACUGCAUCGACAGCUUCAACAGCAGGAACAACUCCAAAACGAUGCCUACUCGGGACUGCAAGGUGCUGAAGCAAAGACCGCGGUUUGUGGCCCUGAAGAAACAGCCUUCCUAUAUUGGUGGCGAGAACUUGGAGCUCCGAGAUUAUCAGCUGGAAGGCCUCAACUGGCUCGCUCACUCAUGGUGCAAGAACAACAGUGUCAUCCUGGCAGAUGAGAUGGGCUUGGGGAAGACCAUCCAGACCAUCUCCUUUCUCUCCUACCUCUUCCACCAACAUCAGCUGUACGGCCCUUUCCUGAUAGUGGUCCCUUUGUCAACAUUGACGUCGUGGCAGAGAGAAUUUGAGAUCUGGGCCCCAGAGAUAAACGUUGUGGUUUACAUAGGAGAUCAGAUGAGCAGAAACGCUAUCCGUGAGUACGAGUGGGUCCAUGCGCAGACCAAGCGGCUGAAGUUCAAUGUACUCAUCACCACAUAUGAGAUCCUCUUGAAGGACAAGACGGUUCUGGGAAGCAUUAACUGGGCCUUCCUGGGUGUGGACGAAGCACAUCGCUUGAAGAACGACGACUCCUUGUUGUACAAGACGUUGAUUGACUUCAAGUCUAACCACCGGCUGCUCAUCACCGGGACUCCGCUGCAGAAUUCCCUCAAAGAGCUCUGGUCCCUGCUGCAUUUUAUUAUGCCGGAGAAGUUUGAGUCCUGGGAGGAAUUUGAAGAGGACCACGGGAAAGGGCGGGAGAACGGCUACCAGAGCCUGCACAAGGUCCUGGAGCCCUUCCUGCUGCGUAGGGUGAAGAAAGACGUGGAGAAGUCCCUGCCGGCCAAAGUGGAACAGAUUCUCCGGGUGGAGAUGUCUGCCCUCCAGAAGCAAUAUUAUAAGUGGAUUUUAACCAGGAACUACAAAGCCCUCUCCAAGGGGGUCCGAGGGAGCACGUCCGGCUUCCUGAACAUCGUGAUGGAGCUGAAGAAAUGCUGCAAUCACUGCUUCCUGAUCAAGGCCCCCGAGGAGAACGAGAAGGAGAACAGCCAGGAGAUGCUCUUGUCGUUAAUCAGGAGCAGCGGGAAGCUAAUCCUCCUGGACAAACUGCUGACUAGGCUGCGGGAGAGGGGCAACCGAGUCCUCAUCUUCUCCCAGAUGGUGAGGAUGCUGGACAUCUUGGCAGAGUACCUGGCCAUCAAGCACUACCCUUUCCAGCGCUUGGACGGCUCCAUCAAAGGCGAGAUCCGGAAGCAAGCACUGGAUCACUUCAACGCAGAAGGCUCGGAGGACUUCUGCUUCCUGCUGUCCACACGAGCUGGAGGGUUGGGGAUCAACCUGGCCUCUGCUGACACGGUGGUGAUCUUCGACUCGGACUGGAACCCCCAGAACGACUUGCAGGCCCAGGCGCGCGCUCACCGGAUCGGGCAGAAGAAGCAGGUGAACAUCUACCGCUUGGUUACGAAGGGGACAGUGGAAGAGGAGAUCAUUGAACGAGCCAAGAAGAAGAUGGUGCUGGACCAUCUCGUGAUACAACGUAUGGACACUACAGGCCGAACCGUUCUGGACAACAGCUCUGGCAGAUCGAACUCAAACCCUUUCAACAAAGAGGAGCUGACAGCCAUCUUGAAGUUCGGAGCAGAGGACCUCUUCAAGGAAGCAGAAGGGGAGGAAUCAGAGCCCCAGGAAAUGGACAUCGAGGAGAUCUUGCGCCUGGCUGAAACGCGGGAGAACGAAGCGUCCUCGAGUGCGACGGAUGAGCUCCUCUCGCAGUUCAAGGUGGCGAACUUCACAACCAUGGAAGAGGAGGAAGCUGAGCUGGAGGAGAAGUCCCAGCGGGACUGGGAUGACAUCAUCCCCGAGGAGCAGAGGAAGCGAGUGGAGGAGGAGGAGCGCCAGAAGGAGCUGGAGGAAAUAUACAUGCUUCCCAGGAUUCGCAGCUCGGCGAAGAAGGCUCAGGCCAACGACAGUGACUCGGACGUCGAGAUGAAGAGAAAAUUGCAGAGGUCUUCGGGCUCAGAGAGCGAGACGGAGGACUCGGAUGAUGAUAAGAGGCCGAAACGCAGAGGGCGUCCCCGGAGCGUUCGGAAGGACAUGGUGGAGGGAUUCACAGACACAGAAAUCAGGAGGUUUAUCAAGGCCUAUAAGAAGUUUGGCGUUCCUUUGGAGAGGCUGGAGUGCAUUGCCAGGGACGCCGAACUGGUGGACAAGUCCGUGGCAGACCUGAAGCGGCUGGGAGAGCUCCUCCACAGCAGUUGCGUCUCAGCCAUGCAGGAGUAUGAAGAGCAGCUGAAGGGGAACCCGACGGAAGGCAAAGGGCCGGGGAAGAGAAGAGGUCCCACCAUCAAGAUCUCUGGCGUCCAGGUGAACGUGAAAGCUAUCAUGCAGCACGAGGAGGACUUCGCCUUGCUGCACCAGACGAUUCCGAGGGACCCGGAGGAGAGAGCCAGGUUCUGCCUGACCUGCCGCGCCAAAGCUGCCCAUUUUGACGUGGACUGGGGAGUGGAAGACGACUCUCGCUUGCUGCUCGGAAUUUACGAGCACGGCUACGGGAACUGGGAGCUCAUCAAAUCGGAUCCGGAGCUGAAAUUAACCAACAAGAUCCUGCCUGUUGAGACAGACAAAAAACCUCAGGGGAAGCAGCUCCAGACCCGAGUUGACUACUUACUGAAGUUACUCAAGAAGGACAUGGAGAAAAAGGAUAGCGUGAAGGAAAUGGAAGAGACCAAGGUGAAAAAGAGGAAGCCCCGGGGAAAGAAAGAGAACAAGUCUCCCAAAGGCCGGGACGAGCACGGGAACGAAGUCUCCUCUCCCCGGCACUCAGACAACCAGUCAGAAGAGGGGGAGGUCAAGGAGGAUGGAUUGGAUAAGAGCCCCGUGAAGAAGAAGCAGAAAAAGGAGAACAAGGAAAAUAAAGACAAGCAGACCACAAGCAGAAAGGAGAAGGAAGGAGAGAAGGAGAGGAGGAGAACGAAGGAGAAAAAGAAGCCCAAAGGUGGUGAGGCCAAAUCUGGAAGCAAAGGGAAGCAAACCCAGGGGCCCGUUCAUAUCACCGCAGGGAGUGACCCUGUCCCCAUCGGGGAAGACGAGGAUGAUGACUUGGACCAGGAGACCUUCAGCAUAUGCAAAGAGAGAAUGCGGCCGGUCAAGAAGGCGCUGAAGCAGCUGGACAAGCCGGACAAGGGGCUGUCGGUGCAGGAGCAGCUGGAGCACACGCGCAGCUGCCUGCUGAAGAUCGGCGACCGGAUCUCCGAGUGCCUGAAGGCGUACUCUGACCAGGAGCAUGUCAAGCUGUGGAGAAGGAACCUGUGGAUAUUUGUGUCCAAGUUCACCGAAUUUGAUGCCCGGAAGUUGCACAAGCUGUACAAGAUGGCUCAUAAGAAGCGGUCCCAGGACGAGGAGCAGGAGCAGAAGAAGCGGGAGGAGGCCACGGGGGGCAAGAAGCUGUUCCGGCCGGAGCCUUCCGGAUCCAGCCGAGAUUCCGUGAUGUCCCAGAUCCCUCACAGCCCUCGUUCCCAGAAGCUCCACCAGCCGCUGCCCCAUCCUUCCCAGAUGCACACGCAGCGGGACAACUACAACCCGAACAAAAGGCACUUCAGCAACGCAGAUCGGGGAGACUGGCAGCGGGACCGCAAGUUUAACUAUGGCGGGAAUGCCAACCAGGUGUGGGGUGGUGAGCGGCACCACCAGUACGAGCCCUGGUACAAGGACCACCACUAUGGAGACCGCCGGAUGCGUGGGGAGCCGCACCGCAGCUCGGGGAACUACCGGCCGAACAACCCGCCCCGCAAGCGGCCGUACGAGCAGUACAACAGCGACCGGGACCACCGGGGCCACCGGGACUACUAUGACAGGCACCACCAUGACUCUAAGAGGCGGAGAUCGGAUGAGUUUCGGUCCCAGAAUUACCACCAGCAAGAGUUCCGGAGGAUGUCCGACCACCGGCCCCCCAUUGGCUACCACGGCCAGGGCCCCUCGGACCACUACCGGCCUUUCCAUCCAGACAAAUCGGCCGAGUACAAACAGCUGCUCCUCCCUCCCCAUUCCCAAGUCUCGGAUCCGCGCUCCCCGCCCUCGCAGAAGUCCCCACACGACGCCAAGUCCCCCCUCGACCACCGGUCUCCCCUGGACCGGUCUUUAGAACAGAAGAACAAUCCGGAGUAUAACUGGAGCGGCCGGAAAACAUAGAGCGUGAGGGUCGGAUGGAGAGGAGGGAGAGCCGCGCCCGAGGCCCCUUGGCCGGAGCUGAACGGCUGCUUCUGCUUCGCCGCGCCCGGAUUCAGAGACUCCGAAGAUGCUGCCGCCGGGCUCCGUGUUUGAAAGGGAGGGUCGUCGGAGCUGGACACAGCCGGGGCCCCACCUGGCUUCCGCCCCGGCCUCUCUUCCCAUAAUCCCGCUGGCUGGAGGGCGGGAAUCGUCUUCCCCACACACGAGUGACCCGUCAAGGAAAAGGCUGUGCCCGCCUCAGCAAUGGAUUUUGUGUGGAAGGCCAAGCUGGACUCCCGCCGGUGUUCCAUGGGGGUGGGGUGGGGGACUGCCGCGUGUGGCUUGGCUUGGCUUGGCUGGGCUGCCGCGGGUCAUGUUCCUUCUGGAAGGGUCCUGGCAAAGAGGCGGCCUGAGCCCCGGCUUUAAGGGCCCACUGGUUGAGAGGAGGGAGAUCCAGUCUAGGGGCGAGUGGGAGGGAUGCGUUCCCAGGAGGUGAAGCGGCCCUUAAAUGAGCGACCCAGGAAAUCCAGCUGCAGGUGCCUGGGCAUUCCAGCUCCCAGACCUCUUCUUUCAGUUUGCAACGCCAAACACAGACGCAACCAUGAAAGAAGUGCACAGGCGUCUCCGCAAGUCCGUCGCUUUCCUUCCCGACUCUGUUUCCCUCCCCGUCUGCCUUCCAUGAUCUCGGCCGCAUUGCUGCGUGCAGCAGAACCAAGCGUGGUCACGGGGCCCAAGGGAAGGAUGUCCUCUGAACCGGAGGAUCUCGCCGGACCCGCAGAAUGGUUUCCCCACCGCUACCACCGCCGUUUUCAGGGCGGCUUUGUGCAAGAUGAAGCGAUCGAGGCCUGCUGGUCUGGGGGGGUCACGCUGAGAAACAGUGAUGUGCAAAGACGCUCUCUCCGGGAGCCGUGCUUGUGGGCGCGGGCCUAAAAUCUGCUCUUUUGGGGUAUGGUUGUUUGUCCUGCAAAUGCACCAAGCAGCCCCUCGUUUCCGCAAACCACUGGCUCCGUCGUCGCACCUGCAGUUGCCCUGGAAGGGCGUCCUUAGGCUUGCUGCUGUCGCUCAGGCAUCCACCGACCAGCCAGGAAGUAGUCUCUGCCCCUCCCCAUUGCCCACCCCACCCCAAAACACAACACCCCUGGUUUGCUUCCUGGGGGGACAGGAGCUGAAACGUUUGUGAGGCUGUGUUAAAGUGUCAAAGUUAACUACAGAAGAAGGAAUGAUAAACUAAACUGCAGUAUUUUCUCCUAAGUUUCAGAAGGGUUUGGAGUGUGUGUGAGAGAGAAUGUGUGUGCGAGUGACGUGUAAGCACGUGUGUGUGUUCACAUACUAGGUUUCCUCUGAUUUCAUUAAGCUGUGAUGGUAGAAAACACACUAUGGAGUUUCUUAACGAGGUCCUUUCAUUUUCACAUGGGGUGGUUGGCUUAUAAUGUGAAUUCUGAAUGCCUUCUCCCCUACUGGGAAGAUGGAGGGGGAGAGAGAAGGGCGUUUAUAAAUAACAAUUCAUUAGAACGGUUAUUAUUUCAUUCGGAAACAUAAAGCGUUGCUUGAAGGAUGAACUGUACCCCCGUGCCAUACACUCGUCGCGAAAGGCAGGACCGACAAGUGGGGUGUGACUGUGUAGCCUUUUUCCUUUCCUUUUCUUUAAAUUUAAACGCCCGAUCCACAAAGUAUUACGGGUCGGCCAAAAUAAACUCAGCCAAUCCAGAGUAAUGAGACUUGAAUCAGGCUGUGAGGAAGGAGGCAUUGCGCAUUCAAGAAGGAAGGCCAGGUCAGAGGGAUAGGCCGGGAUCAGAGUCUAACCUGCGACCUUUGCCAAGGGUGCGCCCACGAGGGGAGAGGGGUGGAGGAGGCACGCUGGUACUUGCCAGGUUUUGUAUUUUGGCAAACCUCAGAUUCAGUAACCGUCCCGAGUGUCACUGGAUCGUUACCGCUGUAGGACCCCGGGAAAUGUCCCACAUGGAAGACAGUUGUCAUUGUGAGGAGUGUGUGAGGGUCGGCAGCAGCCGUGUUUGCUUCUGCAGCACACCUGGGGUCUCCCCGGCUCAGUUGUCAAAUUGCUUCCAUCUCUCUGCAAGCAGAAUUGCGGGGGUUUCAUGGGGUGAUCUUUAUUUCUCCUAAACAUGGACUUAACUGCUAAGACUUAAAGUAGAUCGAGCUCUUACUGCUGGGUGUGUCCUGGAGGUAAGGAAGGAGGACGGGUUCACCCAGGGGAUCCAAUUUACCAUUGGAUUAUUCAUGGAUCUUGUGGUGACCUCUUUCUAUCACUCACCUAAUGCUAUGGCCAGUGACCCUGUUCCCCCCGAAAAAUGUGUGGGUGGAAGAACACGCCCAUAAAAUCAUGGACUUAAGGGGAAAAAAAUAAGCCCCGUUGAUGAAAGAAAAAGAAAACAGUAAUUAAUAUUAAUUUAUAUUUGUGACAAAACUUUGCCACUGUCCUAGUGAUUUCUGAUGUAAAUAUGUUGUUUAUAGAGUAUGCAUUAAAUUUUCCUACAUUGUAAAACAGCUGUACUUUGGAUUCUUGUAUAUUAAAAUGUGAGAUGGACAUUUUCACAAA